CAAGCCCCAAACAAGCAUUUCAAAGCUUUCCCAAGUCGCGUCCAUCUCCUCCAGUAAAUUUGGGGUUUUGAGGUAUAGAGGUUGAGAUCUGUUGCCUGCAAGUGAGUUUCACGAUGAGUAGACAUAAUGUUACAGAUGGGUUUGCAAAAACCCGUCCGGCUCUAGCGGAUGUGAGUAAUCGGAAAAGAGAGUUCUCAGCUGUUUCGGGUGAUCUAGGGCUUAAAUCUGCACAUGGGUAUGGAAAAAAUGUGGCUGGUGAAGAUGGGGAUUCACAGUCUGCAAAGCAAGUGUGUUUAGGAGUUGGGAAUUUAGCCAAAGAGGAAAGUGAAAUCAAGUUUGGAGUAGAUGAUGGUGAAAAGGAGUUGUCUUUUACUAGCAGUAAGGUUGGUACUUCACGGGCGAAUAUUACAUCUGUUGUUGCGAAUUUACCUGAUGAAAGUAAGGAGGCAUCAACUUUUCUUGACGACAUUGUCCAACUUUUUAAAGGUGACACAGUACAACAAAGUGUUGUGGAGGUUGGUGAUGCAACAGGGGAUAGUUGCAUGUCUAGUGUUUCGAUGCCCGCAUGCUCUGGACCCUCCCAGGAGGAUUGUUGUGAGGUUGGAGGGAAGUGUCAAGAUGAGGAAGGAAGACUCACUUCUGGUGUUACACAAAGCAAAUCCAUACCCGAAGGAUUAGUCACGCGUGUUUGCAAGGACAAUGAAAAUGAUGUUGGUGUUGGUAAAUUGGCCUCGAGCAAUUACGGGUCUAUUGAGCGGUCAAGAUUACCUAAGUCACAGAGUUCUAAGUUCCAUGAACUGGAAAGAUGCACAGGACUUAAGAGUGAUAGUUCUGAUAACAUAAAUGCUGGUGCUGAAUUCCUCAAAGGCUGCUCUUGUCCAUUUUGCUUGAAAGCUGCUUAUAUUUGGUCGGACCUCCAUUACCAGGAUAUAAGGGGUCGAAUAGCUGUAUUGAAGAAGAGUCAGAAAGAAACAAGCAUCUUGAUUGAACAAAAUUGCAAGGGAAAGGGGACUAAUGUUCAGGACCAAGGAAAUUUCAACAAAUUAUCAAAGUCAGAAUCUGAUCUCACGGGUCACUGGAGGUCACUCUUUAUUCAUAUGGAGGAUAUCCUUGCCCGUGAAAGCAACCAGCUUCAAGCUAACUUUGUCAAGCUAAAAGACUUGAGAGAGAACUGUAAGACGGAUCUGGAGAUGAUCAAUGGAAAGACUUCAGACAAACAUUAGUGUUCUGGUGAUUGUAAGAAUGUGUAGUCACACUUAUUUGGUAGUUUGUCGUGUAUUAGCAUGCAGAUGCAUGUGCCCAUGUGUGGUCCUGGGGUUUUAGAGAACUUCGAGUUCUUACCUUAUAGAAUCUGUAAAAUACCCAUUAUAUCUUGUUUUCAUGAUUAUCAUGCCAGAACAAAAACCUUC